UCACUGCAAUGAUUGUUAAAAAACUGCUUCCCGCCUCAGUAUAGCAGUAUCACUUUCAUGAAGUACAAGUGAUCUUGGAAUAGAGGAUUCGAAUACACAAAGAUGGAUCUGUGAAGUGCGGGCUUAUCCCAGUACGGUAAUUUAAUAAUUUUAGGACUGCAGGAGCUUGACAUUGAGGUAACAAAGACAGAAUUAUUGAUAUCGACAUGAUUGAAACGAGUAAGGAGAAGUCGACGUCGCCUACGGCGAUGACGAGAGAGCGAAUAAUAUGUCUCAAGGUAUGGAUACCCCUCGGCGUCGUCGUCAUGGUGGUCGUCGAAGUCCUCUUCGGUCUGCUGAUCGUGGCUAAGCUCCCGUUGGGUGUCGAGCUAAGUGGUAGGAUGACGAGAUGGAUGAAGGCCCCCGAGCCCACCAGUCCACAACCUGUCUCUGCAUGCGACAAGAUUAUUUUUCGGCCCUUUCAGUCUCUGACCUCGGUGGCUCUGGUCAGCUAUCCGCAGUCGGGCAAUGCUUGGACAAGACAUCUGAUUGAGAAAGCUACAGGAAUCUAUACAGGUACUACAUAUAGUUCGGAAAAGAACAACGCCAAAAUAUCAAAACAUUUUCCAGGGAAUAAAGUAGAUUACAGGGCAGGUCGGGUUAUCUGCGCCAAGACCCACCGGUACGAACCGAGACACAUCCGGGAAUUCGAAGCUGCCAUAUUAUUAUUACGUCAUCCUUUCCAGUCGAUCCUUUCCGAAGCUUACCGACAGCAUAUCUUGAAGCCGACGAUGACCGAAACAGAAAGGGAUACUGCACUCAAGAGUCACAGAUUCAGGGCCUUUGUCCAGGGUGAAAGUUUACGCUGGAGAAACAUCGCCCUGAGGUGGCUGGAACUUGCCAGGAGCACCUACGUCAUACACUAUUCGGAUCUGAUGUCGAACCCGAAUCAAACCCUCGAGAAACUGGUCCGGUAUCUGAACAUCCCGGUUCGACAGGACCGGCUGGAGUGCGCCCUCACGCAGUAUCCGCCACUGUUGACGGGUGAAGAAAGGACAGAAAGAUUGCACCGUCAAAGGGUGUACAUGACCGAGAUCCCUUACACGCAGAUGCUGGAGAGUACAGUCAUGGAGUAUGUGGUAGAUGUGAAUAUCAGUCUUAUGAUGAACAGACAGAAGCCGUUUCCAUGGAACUUCACCCUCGAUUGGUACUAAACCAACAACCGAAUAAACAGUUUUAAGGUUUAAGAGAAAUUGCAUCACCAAAUGACCGACAGUCGUUACACGCAGAUAUUAGAGAGCACAGUCAUGGAAUACAUAGUGAAAGUGAAAAUCAGUCUUAUGAUGAACAGACAGAAGCCGUUUCCUUGGAACUUCACCCUUGAUUGGGACUAAACAGAUGAGGAAAUAACUUUUUGCAAUCCAGUGUUGACGCCCUCUAAGUUCGUCGGGAUUCUUGCUGAACGACCCGAAGGCAAUGACAAAUGCCACCCGCUUGCAUGUCUUGACAUCGGUUGCUUCAAUUAGGUCCUGAGAUUGUUUUACCCGGAAACUAAUCCCGCAACUAAUGCAUUGGGCAUACAACCGAUGAGCGUAUUGUCAGGAAAAGACACAAUUUUGCAACAUAGGAAUGACUAGGUCCUCACCAAAAUCUGUAACCAUUGUCCACAUCAAAAUAAAUUUUGGACCAUUGAUUGAGGAUUGUUGGAAAAUCAUAAAUCGAUCAUGGACAUUUUUUUUAAUCAUGAUGAUGAUCAGAAGAAUCUCAGCGGAGAUAUUGAUGAAAAGAUCAAUGACUGUAUUCGUUGAUAAAC